AUGCACAGCGAACGAGAAUCCGUGUUCAAAACGACUCACAACACCGCGGCUGCAAACAAACGCCAUAUUGGUGCUCAAGACCCUCGCUCUUUGAAGCAGUACGAACGCAACCCGGGUCCCCGCGACCGUCUGGUUACCGCUGCUGGACCCAGUCGGCCGCGUAAUGGCAACGCCCGAAUUCAAUGGGCGCCCUCUUUCCGCAACGACGCCGCCAAAAGAAUCUGGCAGAAGGCUGAGGAUAAGCAGCAGCGGUUGCCAGAUGCACCUGCUGGUCAGGAAGUGGACAGCGCCGACGGACAGCGCCGACACAACGCGCCAGGGGUUCACCCCGGCUUGGUUAACUUUGCCGGCGUAUUAGAUGCGCUCCAAGGCGAUACGCGAGUCGAUAUGCUGGGCGUGCCCGUAUCCGACGAAUAUCUUGUGCCAGGGCCGGCUGAGCGCACGAGCCAAGGAAAGACGCAAGUGGAUUAUAUGCGCAACUUCGCAGAGGAGAACCUAGCCUUCAGAUACGCCCAGCUCAUCCUUGUAUUCAAUCACGCGCCACCUCCCGACCUUCGAUGUUCGAUGUGCCAGACUCCACAGAUUGGCCGCUGGCGCUGUGCUCAUUGCUGCGUCAAGCGAGACUUUUGCGGCUCGUGUCUUAGGCAAGCGCAUUGGAACAACCCCUUUCACAUUGUCGGGUGGUGGACGGGACAGCAUUACCGCCGAGCGUGGCUGCGUGACGCAGGAGUCGCCAUCAAUCUCUGUCCAAACGCUCGACCUGGUGAAAGAUGUCCGGCCAGCAUCGGCUCAACGCCAGAUUUUGCGCUUGCAGACGCAACGCCGCCCCCGUCGUACGGGAGUUACUCAACCGCUCCUAUUCGGCGUAAGCCGUGCGAGGUCACAUCCGAUACGCCGCUUACAGCCGCCGUAAAUCCGGAUUCCACAAUCCAUCUGCCCCCUCAUUUCAACGAUAUCGACGACGGAGAGAGGGAAGAUGUCGUGUUCGAUAGCGCGCCCAGGGAGUCCGAUGCUUUUCAGCCGAUAGGAGAUGAUGAAGACGACGAGAGUUACGCGUCGGAGAUGGACAUGCGUGGCGGCAUAGCGCGGGAAGCGGGACGAUCGUCAAUUCCCACGAAGGACCUGUACGGCCAUCGCACUUUGGUCAUUGUACACACGGACGGCAUCCACGGAGUUGGAGUGGGCUUCUGCAAGUGCGACGGCCAUGCUCCCGAAGAUCAGCAACUCAUUCAGCACGGCGGGCUGUAUCCAGCUUCUCAGGAUCGCCCUUCGACUGCGUUCACUCUCCAGUUCCUCGAAUACAGACACAUUGACGACGUCGUCUGCAAAACCUCUCCGCAAGCUCAUAUGAAGAAACUCAGGCGAUGUACCGAACCAAAUGAUCCGCGUCUUGCUCCAAACCGCUAUUCCGAGGCUCUCGUGGCAUCGCGUCAAUUCGAGGCCAUCAAGAAUCUUAUUGAUUUUGGCUACGCAACUCAGCCCUCCGAGAGUCCGAAGAACCCUUCUCCAGGUGGAUUGGUCUGGCAGUGCAUCGUCUGUCCUCGCAAAACACCUAACUUCAAUAACUUACCAAAGGCCUGGGUCAACAAUCCGAACGAAUGGCGGAAGUUCGUCUCCUUCUGUUACGACGGCAACUUCAGCGGCGACCACACGAUCUCACGACGACCGGGCAACAACGUUCCCCUGUUUCCGGGCACCGGUAUGUUCGAUCACCCAGAUGUAGUUCGCCAGCACAUGGCAAAAGCCGUUGACGACAACGAUCUGCGCAAAAUGGACCCUACUUUCGGCGAAGACGACAGAUCUUGUCACAAUCACAGAGCUGCCGCCAGCGUCGGCAAGAAUCGGAGCAAGAUUGUUGACAUUAAGGGCAUAGGAGAAGGCCAACAUCCUGUGGACAAGAGUCUGGAUUCCGCAUUUCAACAUACCAUUACCGACCAGAUCACACGCGUGCAGCUUCUUUACGAUAUCUGGUGUCGUUAUGGCGUUCACGUCAAGGAGCGCUUUCGCCAUAGCGGACUUAACUGGCCGAAGUUUCGGGAGGUUCUACAAGGUGUCGGCGUCUGGCACAUAUAUGGCCAUGUGUUUGAAUGCCUGCGAAGAUUCUCCCCUUCAUACUCUCCGCGGUCCGGCAUUGUUGACGGCGAGAUUCUGGAAACUCUCUGGUCGCUUCUCAAUGCUGUACUGCAGUCCUGCCGCGGCAUGUCGCUAGCGGCGCGAGAGGAGAAAAUUAACAUGCAUAUGAAUGACAUCAACUACAGGAAGAUUGUUGGCAUGGUCGGCACUCUGGUACGCAAGUUACGAAAAUAUAGUCAGGAGCUAGACGUUCGCCGCCAUCACUUGAGACGCCUGGAGCUUUCGUGCGACGAAGAGGAUAUCGUGAGGUGGGAGCAAAGCCGGAAAGACCUAGAAGAAAGGCGUGCGAAGGAUCCUUACUAUGCUGAUGAGUUUUGGACGGCCGUCGCACCAGAGAAAGUGGACGCUAAGACUUCGAUCGAAGUCCGCCUUCUAGAGGGCGACGAAACAAACGGUUUGGUGAAAGCGAUUAUCACUAGUCUUAAGCUCGAAGAGGAUGGACUGCGCAUGCAGGCACAGGGAAAGACCUGGGGAUCAUCACUCUCGGACCGUCGAACGGCGGCGAUCGCAAGGACGAGAUUCAACAAUCGUCGUUUGAAUGCGAACCUCGAACUUGCGCAUAUAUUAGGCCGCGACGCACCUCGGGAGGAGGAUCUUCUGGCCGCUCGUCUUCAAAAGAUUCUUGAUGAGGAUGAAUGGGGUGGAGACGAUGACGUUUCGCACAGUUAUCACCUUCGCGACAAGGUCGAGUUCCGACCCGUCGACCUUCCGUCUGCACGUCCCUCAGGAUGGCGCAAAAAAGACUGCAUCAGCGCACUGGAGCAGCGCGCAAUGGACAUCGAGCGAGAAUUGAGGCAAGGUGAUAUGGAGGAGCGCCUACAAGCCAUUAGGGAAGGAGUCUGCGAUCAGGCCCAAGGAUAUCGCCUGGAGAUUCGUAAAAAGAAGGGGAAAGGGAAGUCGAACUAUGAAAGUCGCACGAAUGCAUGGUUGCAUGUCCGUCAGCAGACUAAGGACGUCCGUGUUCAUGCUGCAGUUUACAAUAACCAUGUCCGUAGACUUCGCCGUCUAAUGUGGGACGACACCGAGGACGCGACCACCCUGUACAAAGACCUGCGGAUGAGGUAUCGGUUCAUCGCUCCGAACGAUAUACGUUGCUCGACGGAAACCUAUGAAACUUAUAACAACAUCCGUACUCGCGGCGACUUCCGUCUACCUUGGUUCUGGCGAAUGAAUAUCCCGUGCAACCCCGAAUCGCCAGAUGAUGACGAGAUCAAUACCGAACACCGGCCACUUGAUGACGCGACCUUCAUCGGCGAUUUCUAUCGCACUCGCUGGAUUAAUGCUCGGUGUGCGGUGGUGCGAUGUGAGGAGGAAGAAUUCAUGCUGCAAGGAGAGAUGCAGACUUGUUAUCUUGGUUAUGUCGCGCUGGCAUAUGCGUGGCGGAGACGGGCUCGUCUUGCUUCGAACUUUGACGCAGACAGCGAAAGAUAUACCGGUCAUCGUGCGCAUGCUUUGCAAGUUGCACAUAGCUGGCUCGAUCUUGCCGCCCACGCUAAGGAUUCGUUCAACGCGGAGGUCUUGGACAUUAUCACCGAUGACCUGCAAUAG